AUGUCACCGCCAAAGGAAAUAAAUCGCGUGCCAAGUCUGCCGACUGGACUGAAGAAGAAACUUUUGAUCUUUUACAAGCAUGGGGCCCCAAGUACGAGAAACUUCGAAGUGCUUCGCAGCGAGAGAAAAAUAGCCUUGUGGAAUGAAAUCUACUCCACGUAUAAAGAAUGCCAUCCGAGGAGUACAAGAACCCUGGCUCAGGUUAAAAAACGCCAGAAGAAUCUAGAGUAUGAAUUCAAGCAACUAAAACAAUGCACUCGUUCGACUGGAGAAGCUGGAAUAAAAUCGAUCAAAGGUGGGUUUCCAUAUUUCGAUCUUUUUGAUGAGGUGAUGGGUCAUCACGAUAGCGUUGACCCGUCGAAAAUGGCUAUUGAGGGUAGCACAACGUUUGCAAAUGGUGAAAGUGGUGCUUCAAAUGCAGCUGCAGAUGUAACCGAAAUCUCAAUGAAUAGUUCAAUUGAAGAAACUCCUUCCAUGGCCACAGACAUCGGGGAAAAAAGAAAGACAGACGAAAAGAGUCGAAGUAAGGUCAAAAGGAAGAGACGAGAAGUUAAAGAUGGUGGCGUUGCUCCUGAAUGGCAGUCAAAGUUUUUUGAAAUGUGGGAGCGCAGUAUGGAAGAAGACAACGCCAGAUACGAAAGGUCAGCUGAAAUGUUUCGUGAAGCGCAAAAUAAGCAGAUGGAGCAAACCAAUGCCAUUCUUGCUGGAUUCAAAGAUAUUUUCAAAGAUUUAGCGUCAAGAUAA